CCUCACCUCCGGAGUCCUCGUGCGUGUGUCAGCUUCCAGCUCGCACAGAAGCAACCAACAAAUCAGCUGAUCGAGUCUCCGAGGAUUUCACGGUCAGAAACAAAUAUUUAAUUUUUUCAUCGAUUUGAUUUUUAUUGAUUUUUUUUAAAAGAUGGGCGCUGCCGGGUUCACGUGCUCCAAAAUCUGUCUGUGCGCGCUCAACAUCCUGUAUGUGAUGGUGAGUCUGCUCCUGGUCGGCAUCGCGGUCUGGGUGUGGUUCGGUCUGGUCUCCAGCUUCCAGGUGGUCGGGGGAUUGUGGGGGUCGGGGUUCCUCUUCCUCGUGGCUGUGGCCGGACUCAUAGGGGCGAUGAAGCACCACCAGGUCCUCCUCUUCUUCUACAUGAUCGUCCUCUUCAUGGUCUUCAUUGUUCAGUUUUCCGUCUCCAGCGCCUGUUUGGCCGUCAACAGAGAACAGCAGGAGGAGCUGUUGGAGGUCGGCUGGAAUAACUCUCAGAGCACUCAAAGAGACGUGGAGAAGAGUUUAAACUGCUGUGGAUUCAGAGAGGUGGACAACAACCACACCUGUGAAGCUGUGUGUUUUCCGAACCAUGCGUGUGUGCCGUGUGCAGAGAAGAUCCAGGAGCAUGCAGGAGAGGCUCUGCGGUUUGCGGGGGGCAUCGGCCUCUUCUUUAGCUUCACAGAGGUCGUGGGGGUGUGGCUGGCUUAUCAUUACAGGAACCAGAAGGACCCUCGAGCCAAUCCCAGCGCCUUCCUGUGACCCCCCCCCCCAUACUGACCUCCCCACAAUGGACCAGACACACCUGUGUGUGUCCACUGAUGCUACUGAUGCUGAUGGUUUAAUAUGAGCGUGUGUGCGUGUGUGUGUUUGUGUGUGUGUGUGUGUGUGUGUGUGUGUGUGUGUGUGUACUGUGAUCAAUAACACUCUGACACUCUCCUAAGUGUGUGUCAGCGUGCACAGGUGUGACACACACACACACACAAACACACACACUCACAGACACACAUAACAUUAACAAUAUCACUGACACACACUCAGCACAUAUUUUAUAUAUGUUUUUUAACUUAUUAACAUGAGGUCACCCACGGCUUUCAGAGGAUGAUCCACCCAUGUAUAAAGAGGUGUGUGUGCGUGUGUGUGCGUGUGUGUGCGUGUGUGUGCGUGUGUGUGCGCGUUAAGGAUUUUGUGGAGGAAACAGUGACGUCUGAUCAUCAUAAUCCUCAUCAGUAAUGUUGUAAAUAUGAACGCUCUUAUUGUGAAAAGCUCUUAUGAAACAUCAAUAAUAAUCUAAAUCUCUCUCGUGAUGAUGAUUAAGGGAACAAAGCUCAAUCAUCUGAUCGAACUAAUAAAGUCUAUUCACACACUGA